AUGCUCGAGGUUGGAGAAAUAGCUGAGAACCCCAGCCAUAUCCAAGAAGAGCCGCCGCCCUCGAGCAAUAAAUCGCGACUGUCGAAGUCAACCGCAGAACCAGAUCCGAAACCUCCCCGAGAAGCAACAUUGGCGCAAACAUACGGAGAGAUGAACUCCCUGCGGAGAUACGUGUUGGAGAUCAUCCUCAUGUGCUACAUGUUUUCAAUCAUGAUCACGAAGAUUCCGCAAACGCAAAUUUUCCUUGAAAAAGCUUGUGAGCUCAAUCUCCAUCUGAACCAGUCGGUCUGUCAUCACAUGCACGACCAGGAAGACGAGCCAUUUUAUAAAGCUGCGGCGAGAAUCACAAAAUCUAUCGGACUCGCGAAAGACAUCGCCACAACACUUCCGGGUGCGGUAGCUUCUGUCGUGGCUGGACAGUAUAUGACUCGUUACGGAGCCAAAGCUCCUCUGCUGUUGGCGCUCAUCGGGAGUGUAGCAACUUCCUCGGGUGACUUGUACACUUUCUUCAACAGGGGCAUCCCUCUCUAUGUCAAUGUUCUCACCGCGAGCCCGGAAGCUGUGACGGGUGGAAUCCUCGUAUGCCUGACGGCAAUAUUCACGAACGUCACCGAGACCUGCCCGGCGGAGAAGAGGAAAAACCGUUUUCUGAUGAUUCAAUUCUUCAUCUUCCUCCCGGUUCUCCUCGCAACAUUUCUAGGAGGACGCUUGUACCGCUCGUAUGGUGUCGAAAGUCUGGCGCUGGCGGUCUACUUAGGUUUCGGGUUGUGUCUGCUGAUUCUCUUUUUCUUCUAUGAGGACUCGCCCAUUUACGCAGAAUCGAAGAGAGACACACUGCUUCAAGCUUGGAAACAUUCGACGAGCUUGGAAACCUUCAAGCGGAGCUACUCAUAUCUGCGCAGGAAGCGACCUGGUCACGCGAGAGCUCAAAUAAUCUCGAUGUUCUGCUGUCUGAUGGUUGGGGUGGUCGCAUUCUCAGGGGCUGGAGAUCUCGACCAGCUCUAUGUGGCCCAAGCAUUCAAAUGGACGCCAGAUGUCUAUGGAUAUGUGAAGUCGGCCGUGAUGUUGAUCACCUACGUUCUGUCCGUGCCCUCGAUGUUGAUCUUAACGAAGGUCUUCAGAUUCUCCGAUCCGAUGCUGGUGGCCAUCGGGUUCGCUUCCAUUGCGCUCAAGUCUUCACUGAUGAGCGCUUUGAGCCUCGGAGUUUUCAUGUACAUAAUUCCGUCGAUUGUGGGCCUACCGUUCCUGGUGGGCAUCACGGCUAUGCGCUCGCAUCUUUCACGGCUUUUGGAACCUCAUGAAGUGGCUGUGGUCUUCGCUCUGACGACAGCUUGCGAGCGGUUGACACCCACAAUCGCUGAUGUAGGACUGACGGCGAUUUACAACGCGAGCAAUGAAUUCUUCCCGGGGCUUGCGUACCUCGUCGAAGGGAUCGUGUUCCUAAUCCCGCUGGCCGCUGCCUGUUUAUGCUACAGGUGGACGAACUCGGAGGGAUACCCACAGUACAAAGAAUUGGAGGAGACCGUCGAUUCCGAGGAACAAGCUUGAAGGCUGUGAUCGGUGUGGAUGAAAUCUUAACAUAUCUCCGGUGAGCGGAGCUUCGCAAAGUUCGUCAAUGCCGUACCUGAAGCAGGCGAGGCCCGGGGCGAAGCGGAAGAAUCAAAUUCCGACUCGAAUCGUUGCCGCGCCCCGUCGGAAGCGGCGCCCGGGGCACGUGCCUCCCCUCCCCAUAAAAUGCGCCACCGGGAUCGGUCUACAAUCGCUCAGUGCCUGAACUCCGAAUGUAGCGCCCCUUGUCUAGUCAAUGCCUAAAUAAAUUGU